UUCUGAUAACUAGAUGUUUUGACAGGCAGCUCUGCUCUUAUUCUUACUUUUCGAAACGAAGUCUGAAAUUUUUUUAUUGUAUAUUAAAGAAAAUUAAGGUUAUUUCCAUUGAACUGUCUCUGUGUUAAAGGCCAUUAUGAUAAUAAUCAAGCCCCUUCAUACAAAUGGUUUCUACCGACUAAGGUCAAGGAACACAUGGUUGUGUUAUUUCGAAAAUGGCGUCCACAGGGCAACAUCAUCAAGAGCUCGUGUUCAAGGCAGACCCUCAUUUCUCCGCGCUUCCUGAUGCCCAACUCAUCAAGCAAGGCGCUGAAGCCAAAGUGUUUCGAGGGAAAUUUUUAGGGAGAUCCUGCGUGGUAAAGCAGCGAUUUAAAAAGAAAUAUCGCCAUCCAGCUUUGGAUGAGAAACUGACCCAAAAGCGAACGGCCCAAGAAGUACGCUCUCUUGUGCGGUGCAGGAAAGCAGGAAUUUCAACACCGACUGUCUAUUUUGUGAACUAUGUUGAAUUUUCUAUCUACAUGGAGGACAUAGUCAACUCCAUCACCGUUAGGGAGAACAUAGAAGCCAUCCAGAGCAGGGCCGAUUCGUUGGAUGAACUCUUUCAGCUUGCAGAGGCGAUCGGCAAAAUAUUGGCGACAAUGCACAAGAGUGACGUCAUCCACGGUGAUCUGACAACAUCCAACAUGUUAAUUCGGCAACAGGCAACAGAUUCCAAAUACCAUCCUAGGGCUGUCGUCUUGAUCGACUUUGGACUGAGUCACAUUUCAGCACUGGCAGAGGACAAAGGAGUUGACCUGUAUGUCUUAGAGAGAGCCUUCUUGAGCACACACCCAAACACAGAGGAGGUCUUCAGUCGGGUGCUGCAGGCCUACAGAGAGUCCUAUAAGAGGUCGGAGGAGGUGAUAAAGAAACUGGAUGAGGUCAGACAGCGAGGCAGAAAGAGAGUGAUGGUGGGAUGAUUCCAUUUGAGCAACUUUUUAUUUGUAAUAAGCUAAUAAUUAUUCUCUUUGUGAUGUGAAGCUCUUAAUUGUAUGCCUGUGUUGUAUAAUCUUCAAUUAAAUAUGUGUUGGUCCACAUCAAUUCUUACCUCUCAUCUCCCAGGUCUAUGAGAAUGCAUGUAGAGAUUUAGUAGGAUUUCCUUGGAAUAAGGAGGUACAUGUAGCCUCCGGUCAUUUUGUUAGAUAUAGCUUGACAAUGUGUGAAAGGUAAAGCUGGAAGAACUGUAACUGGCUUUUGCACCGUGAUGGAUUUUUGAGGGUUUAGAAUAGUUCCCAGCAAAAGUGUCUUUGAGAGGUAAGGAUGAAGGGGGCCAUUGACAUGUAGCAAUUUUCAGCAUCAAACGAUUGCAUUUGAAAAAGCCAUGGCAUGGAAGAGGGUAGAAAACAUUAGGCAGUUUGGUCUAAAGGAUUGACAGGUUGCAUCUCUAAUUCUUUAAGACCGUCAUCAGCCAAAACGUCUGAGAAAAUUUGUAGUCUUAGAAGUUGAGAUCAAGUUGAAGAAGCUGAGGGCAGGCAUUUGGCAGACAAUCUGUACUGCUGCAAACAGUAAUUGAGUUUGUGUUAAAUAUACAUGUAACCUUCUUAUGAACUGUUAAUGAAUUUUGCUCUAUCAGCUUCACUGUGCGUAGUAAGUUUUGAGAUGAGAUUCAAUUAAAUUUCAUUCAUGAUGAAAUAAAACAAGAACUUGUCCCUCCA